AUGGCAACAUUUACCAACGAGUCAUUCUCGAAAUUCGCAUCUGUUUCUACACAGAAUCUUUCGGGUCUCUCAUCGUUCUGGUCUUACUACCUGCUUCCUGCCAUCGUCGCAUACCCGUUUCUCUGCUCAGCACUGCGCUUUCGCAAGCUGAAAUCAUUGCAGGCCAAGUACAAAUAUGGGACCCCGGAGCGGCCGUCAUAUGAGGGCAUGACUGUGAAAGAGGCCCACGAUAUCAUCCAAGUUGUCAGCGACACCGAAUUCCCAGCUCUAUUCGAGAAAGGUUUACAGUUCGCCCUGUUUCGCACCUAUGGCAUCCCGACCAUCAGCGAGCUACUCGUCAAAACAACUCAGCUGUCGACCGAAAAGAAUGUACCCAAGCGUUACGCCGACACCGGAGUGUUGCUAGGCGAUAUGUAUGGCGCCGAGCCCAACAGCGACAGGUGCAUCGAGGCAUAUGCCAGAUUGAAUUACUUGCAUGGCCACUACAUCAAGCAGGGCAAGAUCAGCAACGACGAUAUGCUUUAUACGCUGUCACUGUUCCUCAACCAGCCUGUUGAAUGGAUCAACAAGUACGAGUGGAGACAGCUGACCGAGCUGGAGAUCUGCGCUAUGGGUGUCUUCCAUAAAGCCAUGGGCGACGGUAUGGAUAUCUCUUUCGAGAAGCUCCCAUCAUAUUCCACGGGAUGGAAAGAUGGCGUGCAGUUCUACCACGAGCUGGAUACCUGGGCCAAAGAUUACGAGAAGAGGUGUAUGGUCCCGAACAAGAAGAACUACGAUACAGCAGUGCAGACUCGGCAGCUGCUGAUCAGCCAAUCUCCUGCAUUCAUGAGGGGUGUUCUUACCAAAGUCGUCAGUGCGCCACUGGACGACCGGUUGAGGGAAGCCAUUAUGUUUGAGAGAGCACCAGCAUCAUAUUCAACAUUCUUCGAUGGCUUUAUGAAGCUGAGACGGUUGUAUCUGAGGUAUCUGGCCUUACCUAGACCCAAGUUCACGGCGAAGAAGAUGCUCACCAAGGAACCUGACGCAAAGGGCAAGAGGUACUACCUCGUUUGGGACACCGCACCGGUCUAUGUCAAGCCGACGUUAUGGAAUCGAUGGGGACCUGGCGCACUGCUCGGUCUGAUGCUUGGGAUAUCCCGUCCAGGAGACCCGGACACGUAUCCGGAGGGAUUUGAGGUGAAAAAUGUAGGGCCAUCUGUCUUUGUGGGUAAGGGCCAGAAGGAAAUGGACUUGGUGAAGGAGAAGUUGUUGAAGGAGAGGACAGGUGGAUGUCCCUUCGCACUCCAUCGUCAACACCAAGGUUGA